CCACUUCCGCCUUGUCCCGAGGGGAGGGGUCGCCUGCGCAGGAGGACUCCGCCGCCCCCCCCACGCCGCCCCACGAUGGAGCAGGACCCCCCGACCUUGGGGGACCUGCUCCUCACCCUCUACGAGAUGGGCUUUACCGAGCGGCAGGUGCGCGACGCCCUCCACGCCGGCUGCCUCAGCGCCCCGGAGGCCGCCAACUGGCUACUGCAGGAGAGGGCGGAGCAGCCGCAGCAGCAGCCACAUCCGCAACGGAGCCACCCACCCGGAGCCCUGGACCCGAGAGCCAUGGACGCCUUCAACCCACCCAGGCAGCCCCCGGAGGUAUCGGCAGGGCCAGGCGCGCCCAGCCUGGGCAGCAUGUCGCCAGGUUCCAGGCUGGACUUGGAGGGAGUGGCUGCCCAGGACGCCCUCGGGCGAGCGGAGAGCCACGCUUUUGCGGAGCAGCAGCGGGAGCACCUGGCCGAGCAGCUGAAAGCCGAGAGGAGGAACAAGCGCAGGGAACACGAGUUGGCGUUGCAGAGAAUUGCUGAUGACCGACGGCGCAUCCAGGUGAAGGCCGAGCUGGCUCAGGCCUCGCCCGUCCAGCUGCCCCUGUCGGAGAGCACAGCUCAGCCCUCCAGCGAUGGACGUUGCAUGCUUACGAUCCGCCUCCCUGCAGGGGACUCGGUGCGCCAGCCUUUCCCGGCCGACUGCUCCCUGGAGGGCGUCCGACAGAGCCUUCUCUCCCUGUGCCCGGAGCUGUCGCCGUCCUUCGCCUUCCUGCAGGGCUUCCCCAGGCGCCACUUCAGCCCGGCCGACCUGCCGCGCACCCUGCAGGCUCUGGGCUUGGCCCCCAGCGCCACCCUCUGCAUCGUGGACCCCGUGCCUCCGUCCCCGGCCUCCGAGCGGCCCCUGCCAGGCCCCCCGCCCCUGCCGCCCCCUGAGGAGAUGGGCGGGCCCGGCCCACGGCCUGCGGCCGAGGGAGGGCCCUUCUUGCCGAGCGAGGCGCUUCCCGCCCUCCUGCACUCCCCAGCCCAGAGGGUGGCCCCAGGGGGCCUGGCAGGGAUGCACAGCCGGGGCGGGGCGGCCUUUCCCACGCACCAUCACUGGGGCCGGGGGCAGAGGUUGGACGCGGAGGAGCCCAUGGAGCAGGAGCCUUUGGGAGUCGCCACGAGGGAAGAGGCGGACGGCGAGGAGCAUCCUGUGCCAGCUCCCCACAGGCGUCCAGGAGGGAGGCCAGGGUUCCUGCCCCUCCCGGACCAGGCGCAGGGGAUGCCGGGGCCUCAGCACCAGUGGCCAGCGGAGGGCAACCGGCUGAGGACAGUCGACGGGACCAGGGUGGAGGCCGCGGCCCCGCUGCCACUCGCCGUAGCCCAGGCAGCCGAACGGCGCCUUGAGAAGGCCACUGCGCAGGGCCUCGAGGCCGAGGAGAGGGACAGGCCCAGCGUGGCGUCCCCCCCCAGCCGCCUGCCCCCCCCGGUGCCGCUGCUCUCCCAGCUGUCUCUGCAGGCGACCGUCGCCCUCCUUACAGCCCCCAGCAAGCAGUACUGCAGCAGCCUGGCCUCCCUGACGCCCGUGCUGGCCGAGCGCGUCCUGGGGCACAUGAUCCGGCAGGGCCUGCUGACCCCGCGCAGCCUCCGGCUCUUCUUCGGCUGCCCGCUGCAGAAGCUGCUCCUGGACUGCUACCCCUACGCCACCAACGAACUGCUGCGUCAGCUGCGUGCCUUCCCCGGCUUGCGCCACCUCAGCCUGCUCUCCUGCCCCGUCAUCACAGACCAGGGCCUUUCCGUGCUGCAGCAUUUGACCCACCUGCAACACCUCAACCUCUCCGCCUGUGAGAAGCUCACGGACAACUGCCUGCGCUUCCUGAAAGGACUGCUGCAGCUGUCGCACCUGGCGCUGGAUCGCACCCGGAUCUCGGACCGGGGCCUGGCAGAGUUCCUGCUCCCGGCACCGCCCAGCCUCACCCACCUGAGCCUCAACCAGACGGGCGUCACCGAUGACACCCUCCGCCUCCUGCCCCAGCGUGCCCCCCACCUCUUGGUGCUCAGUCUGAAGCAGACAAGCGUCACGGAUGUUUCGCCGCUGCGGCACCUGGAGGCCCUGCAGACGCUGCACCUGGACGGCACCCGCGUGAGCGAGGCUUCCCUGCGGGCGCUCUCGGCCCACCCCUCCCUGUCCAGCCUGACGCUCUCGGGAGUCCAGUCGGUGGACGGCAACCGGGCUCUGGAACUGGUCUCAGGCCUGCCCCUGGCCCAGCUGUCCUUGCCCAGCCGGCACACGGUCACGGACGUCGGCCUGGCUGCUCUGUGUCGCUUGACCGGCCUCGUGGAGCUCGACCUGACGGACUACAGCCACAUCACAGAUGAGGGCCUGCAGCACCUGCCUCAGCUGUGCAGGCUGCGCCGGCUGUCGCUCUGCAACACGCUGGUCACAGACAACGGCCUGCCGCACAUCCAGGGCUUGCAGCUUCUGGAGGAGCUGUGCUUGGACCGCCUCAACGUCUCCAGCGCAGGGGUGGCGCGCUGCAUCGUCCGCCUGCCCCACCUGCAGGUGCUGAGUCUUGCCAGCACGCCAGUCGGGGACACGGUGGCCAGGGUGGGCCUCGCCUGCUGCCAGCAGCUGCUCAAGGUGAACCUGAGCCGCACCCGCCUCACCGACAGAGGGCUACGCUUCCUCAGCCAGGUGCCCCUGGUCCAGCUCAACCUGGACGGCUCAGGAGUGACGGCUCUCGGAGUGGCCAACCUCCUGGCCACAUGCCCCACUGUCGGCAGCAUCCGGGCCAGCCACCUGCGCGUCCUGGCCACAGAGGAGGUCUCGGACGAAGAGUGACCCAGCUGGGCUUGGCCAGGGCCCUUCCACAGGGCUCCCCUCUCCCGGUUGCUGGAGCUGAUUUCCUCGGCUGCUUGGAGGGCUUUUCCGAGACGGCUUUGCUGGGGUCUGGCUUUUCUGCAGUGGCUUGUCUUGCCAGGACGGACGUCUCGUGGGAUUUUGGGAGGCUCGCAGCCUGCGUUGUCUGGGGCUCGUGCCCUGUUCAUGGAAAUCUAGGCAUUAUUUUUUCUGACUUUCUCUUUCUCCCUCCUUGUGGGGAGGACCUUUUUGAAGAUUCACCUGCAAUGGAAAGGUGGGCGUUUGAAGAGCUUCUGUCCUUAAAAGUGUGCCCUUGCAGGCUCCGCUUCCGGGACAGGGAGAGGCGCAGUCCUGGGGACCGGAGCAUUGGU